AUGGCGCUCGCGCGUUGGCAACACAUCGCCUGCCGCCGCCCGCUUCCCCCCGUGCGUCAGGUGGAGCGCGUUGUCGCGGAGCGGGAGGCGUGCGCAACGCGCUACCUGGUGAAGUGGGAGGGCCUGCCCUACGCAGAGUGCACCUGGGAGGCGGAGGAGGACGUCGUCGCGGCGACGGGCGGCGGCGCGGCGGUCGGCGCCUUCGCGCGGCGCCAGCAGCGGCUGCUGGAGCCGUCGCAGGGCAUCGACGCGCAGCGCGCCGCCUUCAGGGCCAGCAAGCAGAUGACAGAGGCGCUGCGGGAGCAGCCCGCCUUCCUGGCGGGCGGGCAGCUGCGCGACUACCAGCUGGUGGGGGUCAGCUGGAUGGCCUACGCCUGGGUCAACGACCGCAACGGCAUACUGGCGGACGAGAUGGGCCUGGGCAAGACGGUCCAGUGCGUGUCCAUGCUGGGGGUGCUGUCGGAGACCGUCGGCCACCGCGGGCCGUUCCUGGUGGUGGUGCCGCUCAGCGUGGUGCCCAACUGGCUGCGCGAGUUCAAGAAGUGGACGCCCGAGGCCAGCGUGGUGGUGUACGUGGGCGACAGCCGUUCGCGCGAGGUCAUCCGCACGUUUGAGUUCCCGAUGGAUCAGGGCGGCAGCGGCGUCGCGGGCGUGCGGCGCCAGCGCAGCGGCGGCAAGUCGCGCGAGUUCCGCUUCGAGGUGCUCAUCACCACGUACGAGCUGGUCUUGAAGGACGCGGGCAUGCUGGGCAGCAUUCGCUGGUCGUACCUCAUGGUGGACGAGGCCCACCGCCUCAAGAACAGCGAGUCAGCGCUCUACCAGGAGCUGGCCACCUGGUCUUUCCGCAACAAGCUGCUGGUCACAGGGACACCUCUUCAGAACAACAUGCGUGAGCUGUGGGCGCUGCUGCACUUCCUGGAGCCAGAGCAGUUCCCAGACUGCGAGUCGUUCGAGGAGCAGUACAACACGAAGGACGCCGACAAGGUGACGCAGCUGCACGCGGCGCUGCGGCCGCACCUCAUCCGUCGCGCCGUGAAGGACGUGGAGCGCAGCCUGCCGCCCAAGACGGAGCGCAUCCUGCGCGUGGGCAUGAGCCCGCUGCAGCGGCGCUACUACAAGUGGAUCCUCACGCGCAACUUCAAGGAGCUUAACAAGGGCCAGGCGCGCGUGAGCCUCCUCAACGUGCUCAUCGAGCUCAAGAAGUGCUGCAACCACCCCUUCCUGUUUGAAAGCGCCGAGGAGAACUACCGCGGGGACGAGCACGACAAGACCGCGGUGGACCGCCUGAUCGUGACGAGUGGCAAGAUGGUGCUGCUGGACAAGCUGAUGGUGCGUGUCCUGGACAUCAUAUCCGACUACAUGCGCCUCCGCGGCCUGCCCCACCAGCGCCUCGACGGCUCCACCCCCGCCGCGCAGCGCCACACGGCGAUGGAGCACUUCAACGCCCCCGGCAGCCCCGACUUUGCCUUCCUGCUGUCGACGCGCGCGGGCGGCCUCGGCAUCAACCUCGCCACCGCCGACACGUGA